AUGAAUAGUUCAACAACAGCAACAAUCGACGCUAUUACACAGAUUUUACUAUAUCAGAAUAGCAGCAGUAGUUAUUCCAUCUCGUCAGGCUUGAUUGCUCAACGUAAUGCAAAAUGUGUACAACAUCGUUUAUAUUCAUCAUUUUACAUACUAGUAAAAGGUUUAGUUCCCACUUAUUUACGAUUUUUGAUUGUACCAGGGAUUCUAUUGAAUAUUUUAUGUUAUACCGUAUUAUCACGACCACGUCUAUCUAAGAAAUCUACAACAGUUUAUUAUUUGAGUGCAUUAGCUAUACUCGAUAUGCUUUGUAUAUGUUUAAAAUUUUUUCGUGCUGAACUUAACUACCAGUCAGCUGAAAAACGACAUAAUAUAUCUUUUCUAACGUCACCAUUUUGUAAAUUAUUGUAUGUUUUAUUGAAUACAUCCGUCUCUGUCGAUAUGUGGAUUAUUGUACUCAUGUCAAUAGAUAAGCUAAUUGCUGUUCGUUAUCCAUUGAAAAGUGCCACACUAUCAACUCCAAAACGUGCCUGCAUUUCGUGUCUUGUUGCCUCAAGUGUUUUGUUAUGUCUUAAUUUAUAUUUUGUCAAAACAGCUGGUAUAAAAUUGAUAAAUACUUUAAAAUAUUGUACAUUACUAACAGAAUCAAUUCUUAUCGAUGUCAUUACAGCAUCAUUUCUACCAAUAGGUAUAAUAAUUAGUACCAAUGUUUGUAUAGCCAUUGUAUUACAUAAUGCCACUAAAAAAACCUUGUCUUGGAAUGAAACGACUCGUAGUAGUGUGGUGAACGAUAACAGUAACUGUAUGCUAUACAAGGGCAAGAAAAAAACGAUAUAUUCGAUGAAUUUAUUCUCCAAACGCAAACGUUCUACUCAUGGAUCUGUUGAAUUAAAACAAGAACAACAUCAUACACCGUGUCCUGUGCGAAAUUCUUUACAGUAUGAGCAAACUAAGCGGCAGUCUUGUCGCGGCACUAGUCAUACUACCUCGGAUAACAUGAAACGAACAAGUACACAAGUAACACGUAUGUUACUCGCUGUUACAUCAUCGUUGAUCAUUUUCAAUAUUCCAAACACAUUCUUUUUUAUAUUAAUCAAAAUUUAUGAUCCACGUUUAGUUCUACAUGAUUCACGCGCCCAGUAUCCUGUACUACGAAAUUGCUCAAAUAUCACAGACAAAGAUUUAAAUAUUUAUAAAUUCGGUGUUUAUUCAUCGUUAUUACAAAACAUUCUUAGUGAUUUACCACAUGUCGUCAACUUUUUUAUCUAUUGUUUUGCUGGUAAAAAGUUUCGAAUUAUCUUCAAAAAUGAGAUGGUAUUACUUUUUCAAAAGUUCCGUUUGUUACAUAAGAGAAAUACAGCUGGAUAUUAUAUAUCGAUGGCAGGAUUACACACUCAGCAAGGUGUUCAACGAGCAGCGAGUUUCACAUCAAUUAAUCAAAAUUCGUGUCAGCUCGAUCAAACAAGCUGUGCUCCGCCAUACACCAACACAAAAUUAUUAUCAAAUCACAAAUCCUUGCAAAUAACAAGAAAACAGACGAAAAAUCAUAAUAACAGUCAAAGUGAAAGAAAUUUAUCAGACUAUAAUGAGAAUGGUCGAAAUAAAAGAUCGACAAAUCGAUCGGAAACAAUUACAAAUCGGAACUGUUUCUUGUUGAUACCCUGUCUGGGUACGUCGAGUCAAAGUACUAGUAUGAUGGCCACUAAUGUAUUGAAUCCAAAACCAAAUUUUUCAACAUUAGUUCAAACAGUUGAUAAACCUAAUACUAAUGACGACACGUCAAUUUUACUGUGUGUAGAUAAAAACUUGGCGACAAAAAAUGCUCACAUACAGUUCUAG